UUACCACCCAAACAGUAUAGAAUUGUCCGACUAUUCUCGCUUUUAGUCAUGACUCGGAAAAGCAAGCAAGCUGGAGGAAACCUUCCACUGACACACUACGAGCGCACCAAAAAGUUUGCCAGCUCCGAAUACGGCACCACGCAACAACGACUGGCAGGGCACUCACAGUACCAGAUUGGUGACUGCGCUCUGAGCCUUACCCGGUUGGGCAGUUCGGCAUUGUGUACGCGUAGCGGCUAUUUGUACGACGAGUCGGCUAUUCUCCAAUACUUGCUCACGAGAACGCAACAGAUUAAAGAACAACAACUCGCGUACGAACGGCAAGAGAGAGCUCGACUCGCCGAUAGUGGUGAGGACGACAAAGAAAGGCUAGCCCAGUUUGAAGAGUCGCAAACCGUUUCCAAAAAGAGAAAGAUCCGAGAUCCUCUGCAAGAAGCGCGUGAAGAUCUCAAACGAACUAGUUACUGGCUGGCGGAUGCACAGCCUGAUAGUGUGACCGAGCAGAUCGAGAAGCCACCCGAACGUCCACAAUCACCGACUACGCAAGCGCCUCUGACGAGAAAGGAGCUCUUGCCUGUAGAUUUGAAAAGGGAAAACGGAAAACUUAUUUGCGCCGUAUCUGACAAGGCUAUUAACACCCAAUCGGUGAUCGCCUACUGGAUUGACAAGAAAAAGCCGGGCACAAUUGUCCUGCAAAGUGUUUACGAUCAUUUGGUAGAUGAAAACAACGAAUGUCCAAUAACAAGUAGGAUCAUAAAGUAUACAAGGAAGCUGCAGAAGAGUGGAAGCAGUUUUGCUGCUUCGGGUCAGUCUGUCGCGGUGCAGAAGUAUAAUCCAACGAUCACUUAGAGAAACGGAAUCAGCAUAUUCUACGUGCCUCGAGAAUCACGAAAAUGCUUCAUCCUUCGUUACAAGACAGACCGGACGGUAUCACUCACAGUCAAAUACAAGAGGGUAAGUUUGAAACCGUGAUCCUACCCUCUUUGCUAAUCGUUGACCUCGGUCCAAAAGAUUUUCGAAGACAAAUUUACUCUUCGCAUUUCUUAGACUUCUCCAAGAUGGUCCAUGAAAAUCGCUACGCCAUGCUCUUUUAAAAUAGCUCACUGUUAGAGAUGAUGCUGACACAAAAAAGCUUCCGUUAUUUACAGCUUCCCACAAUCAACUUCUAAUAUGACUAAUAUUCCUGAGGAAGAUAAAGCGCAUUCGCGUUUCCAUUCCUGGGCUGCGCUGGCUAUCCUGUCCAUCGUGGCUGUACUAGCUAUUACACAGAACCCGAACAACGCAACAAACUUCGAAGAAAACUGGAGUUUGGGCUGUGUUUUUGCUUCACUGGCGGUUGCUGCCAUAGCAUGUAUCUGUCAUGGAAUCAGAAAAAGCAGAGACGCUUUUGUCGGAUCCAUCGUUGAAGCUAUACUGAUUGUAAUUGCGGUCAUUGUUUGGAUAAUGGCGUUACCCAUAAUCAUGUCUCCCAACCGGUCUCUUGCUAUUAACAACCUAAACAUUGUCGACGCCAAUCUAUACUUUUCCGCAUGGGGAUGUAUCGCUUUGGCAUUGUACAUCGCGGGCAGCUGGAUAGAAGAGCGUGGAUACCAUCCUUACGCUGAUCGCCUCGCAAAGAGAUGGUUUCUUCUCUUUGUUAGUAGCAUCGUUGCUAUGGGUGUAUCCUCUCGCAUCUUCUCUAUCAACAACUGUCGCGAUAGCGGGAACGAAAUAUGCGAUGAACUCAG